ACCAUGAGUCAAGGAAUUUGAUUUUUAGCAGGUUCAACAGUUGAUUCACUUCUGGCUUAUUCAGUAAAUAAGCAACCAUGGCAGUUAUGAUUCGCAUCGUUAUCUUCUUUGCGGCAAGUGGCUUUUGCAGUCGAAGUCCUGUUGUCUCGGGAUUAAAUCUACUGCCUUGGUUUUCGUUCGAUAAGAAUAUUCAUGCGGAUCCGGAUGUCUAUCUUCAGACUCUGGAAUUGAUAAGGAAAAACGGAUAUCCUGCAGAGGCUCAUGUGGUUGAAACCGAAGAUGGAUAUUUAUUAACGGUACAUCGGAUUCCACAAGACAAUGCACCAACAGUGCUGUUGCAGCAUGGUCUUCUUGGGUCCUCCGCUGACUGGGUAUUCAGUGGAAAGGAAAAGGCUCUAGCAUACAUUUUAUCAGACGCUGGAUACGAUGUAUGGCUUGGAAAUGUAAGAGGCAAUACAUACUCUAGAUCCCACGUGAAUCUAACUAUAUCCGAUCCACAGUACUGGAAUUUUAGCUGGCAUGAGAUGGGAGUGUAUGAUCUUCCUGCAGUAAUACGGUACAUCGCUGAACGUAAGAAAGACAACAAACUAUUUUAUAUUGGGCAUUCCAUGGGCACAACCAUGUUUUACGUGAUGGCCUCCGAGAGGCCAGAAAUUACUAAAGGGAUUCAAGUAAUGUUAAGUCUGGCUCCGGUGGCCUUCAUGACUCAUGUGAGAAGUCCAAUUAGAUUGAUAGCUCCUUUUGCGAAAGAUAUCGAGAUAGUCACUGAGCUCUUAGGGGCAAACGAAUUCCUGCCACAAAACACGUUUUUGCGAGUGUUAGCGAAAUAUGUUUGCGAUAAAGUGAACUGGGAGAAGGAGCUCUGCGCCAACAUCUUUUUCAUCUUCAGCGGCUUCGACCAGGCCGAGUUUAACGAUACCCUAAUCCCGGUGAUCCUGGGCCACAGUCCCGCGGGUACUUCCACGAGAACCGUCGUCCACUACGCUCAGGAGAUCCAGUCCGGGGAAUUCAGGCAAUUCGACUACGGUUCAUCAACGAACAAGCGAGUGUACAACAACACGACACCUCCUAGCUACGACUUAACGAAGAUAAACGUACCAGUGGCCAUUUAUUACGCCGAUAACGACUGGUUGGCCAGCGUGAACGAUGUACUGAGGUUCUACACAAAGUUACCGAUUAAAGCCGGCAAGUACAGGGUCCCAUACCCGAAAUUCAGCCACCUGGACUUCCUGUGGGCCAUCGACGCCCCGUCGAUGAUUUACACGCGGGUGCUUUCGAUGCUGCAACAAUACAAAAUUUCGGUAGAUCCGGUCUACCUACAGAACCUCGGUAAGUGAGAACCAGCGGGCUCCAGAAGAAGAUCCUGCACAACCUACGUAACCAGUGAUACCGACUACGCUUUUCUGUGUGACUCAUGUAACCAGUGCACAGAUCUAGAUGCGAGCAAUAAAGCCCGCUUUGUUAGAGGAUACCCGUUCC